AUGAAGGCGCUCACGGCUGUCCUGUUUGCCCUGCUGUUGUGCCGGCAGCCAGGGAGAGGGCGGGCGCAGGACGAGGAGGAUGAAGACUCGGACUUUGGCCCGGAGGGCUACGAGGACGACGAGGACGAGGAGGAUGAAGAGGCCAGCAUGACUGCAGAGAGCAGGGGCAGAGGGCUGCUGCGCUGCUACUCCUGCCAGUCCCUGCACAGCGAGGAGCUCUGCAACCAGACACAGAGCUGCGUCCUCAGCCAGACCUUCUGCAAGACCCUCAUCUACCACGGGAGCACCGAGUUGGGUCCCCUGACCACCUACUCGGCGUGGUGUGCCGACACGUGUCAACCCACCAACAGGACAGUGGAGGAGACCCUGAUGACUAUGACCUGCUGCCAGUCCACCCUGUGCAACGUCCCACCCUGGCAGGACCCACUGGACAAGGGGGCAGGCAGCCCCCAGGGUGGUGGGGCAGGGGGCCCCCCGGGUAGCCCCACAGCUGUGGCCACUGCCCUCCUGCUCAGCCUCCUUGCCGGCCCUCAGGCAAUGGGGUCCUGA